CUCUUCUUCAUCUUCUUCUUCAGUCUACGUUCACACAAUCUUUCACCCACCUAUUAAAAGCUCUCUCGGAGGUUUCGAGGGGCUUGGUUGGUUGUUUUCUGAUGACGUCGGAUGGAGCUACGUCGACAUCAGCAGCUGCGGCUGCGGCGGCGGCAGCAGCGGCGAGGAGGAAGCCGUCGUGGAGGGAAAGGGAGAAUAAUCGGAGGAGAGAGAGACGGAGAAGAGCUGUAGCUGCGAAGAUAUAUACUGGGCUUAGAGCUCAAGGUGAUUAUAAUUUGCCUAAACAUUGUGAUAAUAAUGAAGUACUCAAAGCUCUUUGUGUUGAAGCUGGUUGGGUUGUUGAAGAAGAUGGUACUACUUAUCGCAAGGGAUGCAAGCCUUUACCUGGUGAGAUAGCUGGGACUUCUUCUCGAGUUACUCCAUACUCAUCACAGAACCAGAGCCCUCUUUCAUCGGCCUUUCAAAGCCCCAUCCCGUCUUACCAAGUUAGCCCGUCUUCUUCGUCUUUCCCAAGUCCUUCUCGCGGUGAACCAAAUAACAACAUCUCCUCUACAUUCUUCCCCUUCCUCAGAAAUGGUGGCAUUCCUUCCUCUCUUCCUUCCCUCAGAAUCUCAAACAGUUGCCCUGUCACUCCACCGGUCUCAUCACCGACUUCCAAGAACCCUAAACCGUUGCCCAACUGGGAAUCUAUUGCUAAGCAAUCCAUGGCCAUUGCUAAACAAUCCAUGGCGUCUUUUAACUAUCCUUUCUAUGCGGUUUCUGCACCUGCUAGUCCGACACAUCGCCAGUUUCAUACCCCGGCUACUAUACCUGAAUGUGAUGAGUCUGACUCUUCCACUGUUGAUUCUGGUCAUUGGAUAAGCUUCCAAAAGUUUGCACAACAACAGCCAUUCUCUGCCUCUAUGGUGCCAACCUCUCCUACCUUCAAUCUUGUGAAACCUGCGCCUCAGCAGAUGUCUCCAAAUACUGCUGCGUUCCAAGAGAUUGGUCAGAGCUCUGAAUUCAAAUUUGAGAAUAGCCAAGUUAAGCCGUGGGAAGGAGAGAGGAUACAUGAUGUGGGUAUGGAGGAUCUUGAGCUUACACUUGGAAACGGGAAGGCUCGUGGUUGACAUAAACAACUCAACAAAGUCGAAUGGCAUGU